AAUAUAAAGAGUUGUGCAAAUUUACAUUAAAGCACCAUGCAUUAAAUUGACUUUCAAAGAUGAGAUAUUAUGUAAUUUAAAAUCAAUACGUAUUCCAUACAUGGCAUGUUAAGAUAAAUCCGUACAAAGAUUUGACACUAUUUUCUUAUACAAAGUCAUGUUGCCCGUCUCAUGAACUAACUCUGCAUUAAUUUUUUUUCUCUCUUGAAUAACAUAGUAUCCUGAUGUCACCAUGCCUGUGUCUCUUGGUGAAUGGCGUGUCAGGAUCGGCACGUUUAUGCGACGUCGGAGGAAAGAAUAUGACUACCACUACUUUUGGAGGAAACUCCACAACUUAAUUAAAAAACACAAGAAUGCUGAGCCACCCAAAGAAAACAACAAUCCUGAGAGUAACAGCUCAUCUCGCACUGGCUCUUCGCCCGAUGCGAAUAGAUCUCCAAGCAACACGGCCCGUCAGUCUGCAUCUUCUGCUCAAACAGGGUCUUCACGUGACGUCAACAAUGGCAAAGGUAACGCAAGCUCACCGACUCUCUCACAAUCUGACGGCCCAAUGUGUGAUACUGUCAAGGAGAGUGGAUUCCCGUGCGAUGUAAAUAACCCCGGUCAUAACGAUGUCUCUCACUCUGAGUCUUCAUGUGCUGAAAACAGUGGUUCUUCAAUUGAAAAAGAGACCAACCCUGUCCCUGAUUCCACGGAUGUGACAAUUCCAGUUCCCCAACCCUGUGUAGAAGACGAAAUGGACAAUAAAGACAUAACUCUUAAUCUCAUGUCACAUGAAUACACCCCGAAAUCCGCCCAAAUAAGUAAAACAGACAAACCUGAAGUUGACACAUCAGAGUCGCACUCACAUGUAGUACCUGCAGACGUUCAUGGUGAGACAGAUCGUAUCAAUCGAGAGAAGGAGGAAACAUCAGACUCUGCACCGUCGGGGAUAGAGGACCAAUCAUCGGACCUAUCACCUAAACACAGACUAGAUACCACGAAUAAUACCGACCAAAGAACAUCAUCCAUCAGGGAAGUAACGGAGUAUCAUGAAUCCCCGAUCUAUCCGGUCCUCGGAUCAGGGACAACCAGCUGUGAAGCAGAUGAAAUGAAAGGGAAUGACUGUCCAGACAUGACCAACAUACUUCUAUUGAGAUCCGGUGAUGUAGAACUAAACCCUGGCCCAAAUGAUAAGUAA